AAUUUGAUUUUUUGAUGUUUGUUGUUAUUUUGUCCAAAAUAAAAAAAAUUAUAAUUUUCAAUUUUUAAGUAAUUUUAAUUUUUGAAAAAGAGAAAAUUAGUUAUUUAAAAAUUUGCAAUCAACUAUGGUAAAUAAUAUUAUAAUAGUUGUUGAUAGUGAGGCAAAUGAAAGUUAUUAGAGUCUUUUUGUUUUUGUUUCGGCAAUAGUAAACAAUAGAACACAUUUGUGCCCUUUCAAGUCCUCCAAAGAUCCGCAUAUAUUUGACCAAAAAAUACAUUUUAGCAAUGGAUAUUAAAAUCAAAAUCAAAGAGAUAAUAAAUAAUAAAAUUAAUGCAUCAAUGGCUGCUGAUAAAAAGAACUUACUUAAUGAAAUACAAAACUCCAAUAUUGAUGUUAAGGUUAAGAUUGAAAAAGAUUUAGCGGAUUUACAUAAAGUUGAUCUAUUGAAAAAACAUAAUAACAUUCGCAUAAAAGAAGAUCCAGACUCGACUAAGAAUUUCAAAAAUGAAGAAGAAUCGAAAAAAUCAAAUCAGUUCUCCACUGUUUAUAUUAAACAAGAAAUUGAAGAUGAAGAUUCUGCCAAAGAAGAAAAUCCCGAUCCAACUGAUAAUAAGGAAAGCAAAAAAGAGGAUAAUAAUAGGAUAGCAUCAAAAUACAAGACAAGAACAGAAUUCCAAUACCGCGUCAUCUAUACUCCUCACCAACGGAUAGAACUGGAGAAAGAAUACUCACGGGAAAAAUUUGUCAGUCUUCGGCGAAAAAUACUUUUGGCCCGCGAGUUGGGCUUGAGCGAACGGCAAGUGAAAAUUUGGUUCCAAAAUCGACGUUCGAAAGAAAGGAAACUUAAAAAACGCAAUAAAGCGGAGGAACAACCACAAACGGAACAAAUUACUGACUUAAAACCACAAAUAAACGUUACAUCUAUUGACCAUAUUAGAGAUACUAUUUUGUUCAUGCAAAAAUUACAGCAAUCAGUUUUGGCGCGGUUUCUGGCCAAUAGUAACCGUCAUCAGCCAGAAAAUUGAAAAUUAGCUUUAAAUUUGUUUAAUGAUCUCACUUCAACGUUAUAAAAAGAAUUAAGAUACAUUUUGGCAACGCUGUAAACUCUUAUUCUGUUACAAUGAACUAUAACCAAAAACUGGAAUGCUAACACAUAAUGACGAACGUGAAGCAUAGUGCGGCUGCUGCGGAGGGGAUACCUGUUUUUGUCGCACUCAAUAUGUUAAAUGGCGAAAAUUGCUUCCAACACGUAUUCCAAUUGAUGAAACCUGUGAAGGGAAAUAUGACAAAACUUUCGAAAACGUCAUAUGUCAGCGAGCAACAGAAAAAAACAACAUUCCCCCUUGUGCUGUCUUUCAUGGCCUCAUUUUUUUGGCAUAUAUGGCAAUGUGUGCGCAUUCCAGUUUUUAGCUAUAGUUCAUUGUUCUGUUAUGAUGUUACCAUAUUUUCGCAGUGUUGCCAGUUGCCAUGAUACAUUUAAUAUUAUUGAUAAGUUUGCUUUUUUUCUGAUAACAUUGAAGCGAGACAAGUAGGUAUACACACUGGUGACGCACGGUAUGUUUUGCUAAUUGAAAACGCUAUUAAUGUAUUUUUUAAAGCCUAGUACCCAUAACUGCAAAGCGAAUCACUGAUUUUUAUUUUACAGAACUUUUGCUAUUGAUCGAACAUAUUUGAAUUUGACAAAAUAUUGGGGAUAUUUUCAACUCUUUGCGGGUAAAAAUGAUUUUCAACUAUAGGUAUGCAAAAUUUGCAGUGGUUUUUGUCGCCAUCUUUGUUAACUUUUUAUUUUUUUCUCUCUUGCAGAGAUAAAAACUGUCAAAAAAAAACGCAGAAGGCCCAUCCUCAAUCAAUUUAGUAGCGAAGUGGCACUUCAGCAUGCACGCUAGGACAAUAUUGUUUAAUGUUUGCAUCCUCAAUUCAAUUCCGUGCCAGCAUGCACGCCGACUCCGAAUUGCAAGCUGCAAGUGCCACUUCGCUAUUAGAUUGAUUGAGGAUGUAGCGAGUGCUGAAUUUGUGGUUUAUUUUCUAAUGGAAUUUUGACGGGGAAAAAAGUCAUAUUCCGCAAUCCGCAGUUAUGAGUACUAGAAAAACUGAAGAAUCUGAUAUCUUUGUUAACAAAUGUUUUUCAAUUUCCUCUUUAUUUGUUGUCAAUAAUUUAUGUGAUGAAGGUCGAAUGAUUAUUCACCAAUACAUUUAGAACUAGAAGUAUAUUUUUUUUAAUAUUAUUAUUAGGUACCUAUUAAUAAUUAGUUCUUAGCUCUAAUACUUUCAUUAAGCAUUCAUUAUUAUUCAUUCACAAGAAUAAAUGUGAUUUUAGCAGCUUA